CAUCAACAGCUCCAUCAGAACCACCACAGAACACCUUCACCCAUUACAUCCACAAACUGAUCCUCUUCACCGAUCAAUCAUAGCAGACUCACCUGACAACUCAGACGCAACUCGAUCGCCCAAGAUGGCAGCCAUGUUCAGCCAGAACCCGGUGAUGAACGGGCCCAACUACUCCUUCAACCAGUCCGCCGCCCCAUCCUCCGCCGCCGAUGGCUACAGGCAACACCGCUUCGACCCAUACACUGACAACGGUGGUUCCACUCUCGCCAUCGCAGGCGACAACUUCGCCAUCCUGGCUGGCGACACCCGCUCCACGUCCGGCUACAACAUCAACACCCGCUACGAGCCCAAAGUCUUCAAGAUCGGCGGCAGUGGCUCGACACAACGCGACGCAACCCUGAUUCUCUCCGUCGUCGGCUUCGCGGCCGACGCCAACGCGCUCAAGGAGCGCCUCGACACCGUGGUCAAGCUGUAUCGCUACCAGCACGGCAAGGCUAUGACGGUCAAGGCGGCGGCGCAGAGGCUGUCUAUCAUCCUAUACCAGAAGCGAUUUUUCCCGUACUACGCGCACGCGAUCCUGGGCGGCUUGGACGAGGAGGGCAAGGGCGCCGUAUACAGUUAUGAUCCCGUGGGCAGCUAUGAGAGAGAGCAGUGUCGUGCGGGUGGUGCGGCGGCCAGCUUGAUCAUGCCGUUCCUGGACAGUCAGGUGAACUUCAAGAACCAGUAUGAGCCGGGGAGUGGGGUUGGGCAUAACUUGAAGGAGAGGGAGAGGGUGUUGUUGGGGAGGGAUGUGGUGGAGGAUUUGGUGAAGGAUGCGUUUGAUAGCGCGGUGGAGAGGCAUAUUGAGGUUGGUGAUGGGCUGUUGAUGAUGGUUAUUACGAAGGAUGGGAUCGAGGAGAUUUACAAGCCGCUCAAGCAGGAUUAGGCGGGGAGAAAUGGGGGUUGGCAUUUUCUAGAUCUGGCACGAGUAGGGGGUAGAGCAGCGUGUAUACUAUGGCCUCAUAACGGUGUUAUAUGGUUUGACCAGAAACUGAUUCGUUG